AUGGCUCAGCACGGCUUCAACCAAUUUGGCAACGGCCACAGCGGGGCGAGUAUCGACCCUAACGAUCUCGCCAUGUCAGGUGGUUAUUCUCCUUCAUUCAACAACUUCAACUCGAACUCUGGAAACGGCACAAACGGAUUCACGAAUAGCUCUGCUAUGUUCGAUGAUGACGAGCUUUUGGAUGGUCUAAAUGCACCUCCUGUUACUCAGUCCGGAAUCUCGGGUCAGGGCCAGGACUUUUCAGGACUAAGUAUGGGUGGCUUCUCUCAGAAUGCAUUCCCUCAUCGUAACUCGGGCCUGCAAAUCGACCAGUCACAUAUGAACGGGUACUCGAGUACCCCCGAUGGAGAUCCCAUUCAAAGCCCAUUCAAUACUGGUUUCAACACCCAGUACCGACAAAUGCAAGGCCACUCACUCGGUACCUCUUUGCAUUCCCCAUUAUCCUACAACGAAUCUCCACUGGCGGGCGCCAUGAACGCCGAUAGCAACGAUCCGAACUUCCUCAACGCUAAAGCGAGAGCCAGAAUGUCCCAGCAGAUGCAGCGGAAGACAUCCAAUAGCCGUAGCCCUAUGUCACCUAUGACCCCCAAAACCGCUACCCUUCAUGGAAUGACAAUUGGAUCGCAGGAGUCUCCCGGUUUCGGCGGUCAAGCCAUGAAGUCAGCCAAUGGGCAGUGGCUCAACACCCCUGCUGGAAGCAUCCCUGCAUCUUACAAUUCUGGGUACUCCUCUCCCAUGCAGCCUGGCAUGAAUCAAAUCAGUGAGGUUAUGAUGAAGGGUGGUACUUCGAUGCCCGCGAAGCUUGGUGUCGCUUCAAACGCCGUUUCCUCUCAGGAAAUGAAGAGGAAACGGCGCCGAGAGUCCCACAACCUUGUUGAGCGUCGUCGACGAGAUAACAUCAACGAAAGGAUUCAGGAUCUCAGUCGGCUCGUCCCCACUCACCGUCUGGAGGAUGAGAAGAUCCGAAAGCUUAUCCAAAACGGGACACCUCUCUCUCCAUCGUUGACUGGAAUCGCCAGCCCUCAAGCAACGUCUGGUCUCGCAGGACCAGGAGCUCGAAGAGCCACUGGAAACACCGCAGGUAAUAUUACUACAGGUCUCCCUAUCGAGGACAAGGACAAGGGUCCCAACAAGGGCGACAUCCUCAACGGCGCCGUCAGUUGGACGCGAGAUCUCAUGUGGAUGCUCCAUCUUAAACUUCAACAGCAGGAGGAGAUGAUGAACACUAUCGCUGAACUGGGUGGGCACUUCCCCUUCGAGAUGACAGAAGAUGAGCGACGGAUGCAAACCGAGCUCAUGGACGCUAUAACAAAGAGCGAGAACGGCACUUUCUCCUACUCGCGAACAGCUGGAUCUGGUCUGCGAGUCCCUCACCAUACCGAUUAUCGGGGCGACUCUUUGUCAGGAGGAGGAGGCAGCCUCGAUCCUGUUGCCAUCAGCCCGGAUGACAAUCUCGAUUUGAAUGACACCAACCAAUUUUGGCACGAUCCGGAUGACAAUAACAGUGGCCACGCUUCAGUCAACUUCAAAGAAGAGGAUGAAUAUGACAUGGAUCUUACGCAGUAA